AUGGCGGGGCCCCGAGCUGCGGGGCCCAAGGCAGAAAUUUUUCAGGAAUUUGCUGUUCAGGAGGAAUCGGUGACGUUCCGGAUCAAUUUGUCUGUUCUUCUCGACUGCUUGACCAUUUUUGGUACCAGUUCUUUGCCAGGAAUAUCAACAGCCCUUAGGAUGUGUUAUCGUGGUUAUGGUUAUCCCUUGAUGCUGUUCUUGGAAGAAGGAGGAGUAGUGACAGUGUGCAAAAUUAACACUCAAGAGCCUGAUGAGUUGUUAGACUUUGAUUUCUGCAGUACAAAAGUUGUUAAUAAAAUUAUCCUGCAGUCGGAGGGGCUACGAGAAGCAUUUGCUGAACUGGAUAUGACCAGUGAAGUUCUGCAGAUUACCAUGUCUCCAGAUAAACCCUACUUCAGGUUAUCCACUUUUGGAAAUGCAGGAAGUGCACAUCUGGACUACCCUAGGGACUCUGAUUUGAUGGAAGCAUUCCACUGUAACCAGACCCAGACAAACAGGUUAGGAAGUCUGUGAUCAGUGCCCUCUGUGGCAGUAAUGUUUCAGCUCCUGUCUGCACAACCAUUCGAACAUGCUCAAGGAUUUCUUUCACUGCAGUAUAUGAUUAGGAAUGAAGAUGGCCAGAUCUGUUUUGUGGAAUACUAUUGUUGCCCUGAUGAGGAUAUUACUGAAGCAGAACUGUAG